UUUGAGAGAGGGGUGUUUUCAAUAUUAUUCCAAAGAGUGAACAUGAAUGGAUAACAUGAAAGGAAGUACAGAGAGUUGGAAGUGUUUUGAGGUCAAUAAGGCGUUACCAAUCUAACAAACGGAUCAAACAAACCAAUCAGCAUGUAGCGAUGUUGUAGGGGUGGGAAAUAACAAAUCUAGAGAAAAAGGUCUUCGAUGAAUAUGUAUCAUGUUCAACACAUGCGCAGUUGGUGGAUAUGAUUGGAGAAUCAUUAUUGAGGAAAGGCCUGAGCAAAGAAGUUAUUGACAACGAGAGAGAAACGUGAGCAGCAUUGGUUUAUUAUAAACUGGAGUUGGUUGCAUGUUAUUAGCUGAUUAUGCUAUCCAUGACCGAGCCGUUCACCAAUCAGAUAGAGGAACAGUGUUUUUACAUUUGGAUCACAACUCUCGUAAUUGUACUACACCCUUGACCACUAACUGCUGGAAAUGCAUCAUAAGCCUAAAAGAAAAAGAGAGAGAAGGUAAAAACACUUUGCCAACCCAGCACAGCAACAAAAGCAGAAAGAAGAGAGGAACAGUGAUAACAGAUUUUGAUUGGGUGUGCAUGUAUGAUAUAGGCAGUGCUCCCCCCAUCCAUGGAGCGGGUUCGGUCACUCAUUCGCGUCAUCUCAACACUGUACAUGCCUGGUCAAGCAAUGACAAUGAAGAGAGAAUAAAUGCUGCGCACAAUACAAGUACAUUAACGUUGGAGUGUGAGGUCAUUGCCAUACCGAGCUAGAGCAUACAAAUCAUAUGUGGUGUAUAUAAUGAGAACACUAUGUGUGUGUGUGGUUAGUAGGAGGAUUGGUUCUUUCCCAAGCUGCUGGCUGGCUGCAUGGCUAUGAGUGAGUAAACACUUGGUCAGGAUCAGGCAGGGCUUCUCUUCUCUCUCAGUCUCACGGAUCAUUCAUUGUCCAUCCACUCUACAAGCAGAGGGCUUCUCUUUCCGCCAGCAAAUAUGGCCUCUAGGCAGGCCAGAACAGGGGAAAAAUAUUGCAAUCUCUGUUUCCAAGGAAAUUGUGAAGAAUUGGAUCAUGAAUGGCUAACAAAGAAGAAUUACGAACAGUUGGGUCAUCCCGCAGUAGCUCAAGUCAUUCCAGUAUUGGUGAGGAUUCGGCAGGAACACCUCCAGAAGUGCAGCGGAACACCUCACCUGGCGUAAGCCCUCGUAAGCCAAGCCAGGGAUACCAGUGUCAACUCUGUACGUUUAUUGCAUCCACACAGGCCGCCUUUGACGAACAUAUGAACAUUCAUACGGGUUCACGCCCAUACCAGUGUUUAGAGUGCGGUUUUAGUUGUUCAUUACACAGCACGUUACAGCAGCAUCUGGCAGUCCACAGAAUCGAUAUGACGAGCUCUAUCCUACUGGAUCGACGCAUGCCAGACAUUAGUAAAAUUAGAGACCUGCCCCCACCCCUCAUGCCGGAAGUGAGUCGUGGCAUUCCCUUGCAUGUAUCUACCUCAGGUCCCCCUCCUACCAUGGAAGGUCUCAACUCCCUAAGCGCCCUUUCCCCAUUUUCUGAACAUGGACGAGUGUACCAGUGUAAGCUAUGUACACACAUUUCUCCUACGAAGACACACUUAAACGAGCACAUGAAUGUUCAUUCAGGGAAGAAGCCCUACAAGUGCCUGGUUUGUGGCUUCAGCAGUGCCUUCCGAAGCAGCCUGAUGAGGCACUUGAUCGUCCACACCGGCACCAGUAAGCAGUUCAAGUGUGACCAGUGCCACUACCAGACGCCCUACAAAUGCAACCUUCAGGCCCAUCGUCGCAAGCGCCAUAAUUGCAUGGAUGUCAAUGGAGCGCCUUUGCCACCCUUGUCCAUGGACGACGACAACUCGCCACCUUACAAUGCUCAAAAUAAUAGCUCCUCACCUUCAGAUGAAGGGCCGUAUAAGGCCCCUCUCUAUAUCAGUGAAGGCAAACAUGGCUUAGAUACCUCAGGUUUUGAACAUGGUCCCCCUCCUUUAGCUCAUGCAAUGGCCAUGCAAGAAGGAAGCCUCUACGAUGGCUCAGACAAUGGCAUUAGAGAAAUGGAGAUGGGCAAUGGCAAGAUAGCAAAACAUUCAAAUAUUUCACUACCUCAUUCAGAAAUAGCCUCCUCAGAAACACUUAGUCCCCAGAAAGCAAGUCCAGGAUCAAGUACGGGUCAACCUCAGGAAAUGCCUCCCCAGGAAUCGCUGGACUUCCCGGGCAGCGCCUCACCACAUCUACCUUCCCGAGAUGUCCAUGAAAGCGAUUGCAACCACAGUGCCCCUCCUCGAUCAGGUAACAUUACACCUGGUUCUCUGGGCAUGGUCAACAACACCACGAACUCUGUAAUUUCAAAUACACCUAUCUCCCCUCAUCCUCUUCCUCCCAACGAAAAUGCGCCUCACUGGGCCAACUUUCCAAUCUUCAGGCGCAAGAAGGAGGGCGGUGCCAGGAAGCGGAAGAGGACACCCUUCCCGAAGAGAGAACUCGUAUUAUCGCCAGAGCAGGAGCAUGGUACUGAGCUCUGGAUCGACACCAGGUCUGACGUACCCAAUGCAGAAGGUCAGGCAGCAGCAGCAGCAGCAGCAUAUGCCAGUGAAGCUAAUCACCCUCUUGGUGUAAAGGCUGAAGGGGUCAUGCCUGCAUUCCAUCAUCCCCAGGCAAUGGUCAAUGGUAUUGACCCAAGCUCACCACAUGACCUCAACAUGUACAAGUAUCCUCAUGGAGUGGUCCAAAAUCUAAGAUCACCUGGUGAUGUCACACCAGACUCAGAUGAAAACCCUGGUCACUCACAGAGGUACUUCAAACAAGGGGUCUACGAGGCCGACCAGGUGAUCAACAACGGUGAAAUCUCUACCUCUAUCCCGCAGACAUCAGACAAGGGCAACAAGGGCAGCAACAAGAGCAGCAGCAGUAGCGGUGGUGAGGAAGAUGGCAAGACAGAUGGUCAAGCGCAGACGGAAUGGAUUGGAGGUGAUCCGGUGGGCAUUCCACAUCAGGCGGUCAAAUGUCCUCACUGUGAAACCUUCUUCACUGACCAUGUGAUCUUCACUCUGCACAUGAGCUGUCACGGCACCAGGCAUCCGUUCCAGUGCAGCAUAUGUGGCUACGUCUGUCGGGACAAGAUCGAGUUCACCUGUCAUGUGACUAGAAGCCAACACAUCAGGAACUUGGAGGAGGUGGAUGCAAUAGUUCGUGACUAGGAUCUUGAGGUAGACGACUCCAGAAAUUGGGAUUCAUUUGUGAACUGGUCUAUACUAAAGCUUCUGUGGCAGUGACUCUUUUCAAUCCAUUCUUUCUGUUGGCACUUUAUCACUUAAUCGCUUUAUCACCUUUCUUCACUUUUGGGAUCAUUAGAUUAUGUUGUCGGGUGGGAAUGAAGUAAGCUUGGUAACUUUUGUCUCGGGUAUCAACUAUCUUGUAGUCUGCACACUCAACGUAUCAAUGCAUCCAUAUUCGGGUACUUAAACCACAUUAGCCUGCUACAGUCAAAAUCAUAAAGGAAUUGUUUGACAGGCCAGUAAAUUUGUGUGUAUAAUAGUAGAGCAAUGACUAAUUCCUUACUAACAAUGACUAACCCUAUCUAUCAACCCCCUCACUUCACUACAACA